AUGCAAGGUAGUGGCGGACGGCGAGCGUGGGCUGGAAGUGGGUCGCCUGGCGCUCCAUUCGGCCAUCCAGAGGGUGGCCCCUCUGGUUGGGUGCCAACGGUUCCUCCACCCUUCGUCUUCCUUCCUCCCGUCCCGCAGGCAAGUGGCCCUCGCUUGGGACGCCAGCAGCCUUCGCCUGAAGCAAAUGGUUUGGCCAACACGUUCACUCCGCCCGCGACUCCCAGUAUUCCAUCAAGCUAUAGGCAGAGCCGUCGGGCUGGAGAUAGGUCUCUGUUUGCUCCUGUGGACAGAAGGGUCAUUGUGCAGGCUGCGGGGAAUUCCCUCCGCCGUCCUGACUCAGGUAGGUUUCGGGUGCGCAACGAAGGAACUCCCACAGGACACAACACCCAAACUACUCUGAGGACUACUGCCUGUCGAAUAGAACACCACGGAGCGGCGUCUCCCCAUGGAAUUUCAUCAGUUUCUGCAAACCGCACGCUCCGCCAUACCGGUGGGCCUUCAAAUGAAAGACCAGCGAAUACUGUGGGGAGGUCCCGUUCGGGAAGCGGCGGUUACUCGACGACAGGGCGUACAGAGGAUAGUUCCUUUGACGAGCUUGCGGUAGCUUUCAACACUAUGAAUUUUUCGGAUGAUCAGUUAGCCGGCACUCGAAUGCCUUCGCUGCCCACUGUUGAGGAUAUGGAGAGACGGAUGAGGAGUUCUGAAAGUUCAUUUUUGGGAGUGUCUGCACUCCCAUACACCAACGCGAGGGGCCUUUCACCAGCUAGAGGGUUCCAGUUCGUUUCUGCGCUGCAGCGACCAGGUUCUAGUGAGGCACAUCACAGGAGCCACAGCAAUGAGCAACGGCCGCCUUUGUCUUUUGUCGAUGAGAGGUAUCUGUGGAGCGGCGACGAUGCAAGGCCCAGGCGCUCAAAUGGAGAUUUAAGUUAUUUCUUGAGGAGCUCGAGGAGAAGCGAAGGGAUGAACUUGCUUGAUGACCUGUUUGGAGAAAGGCUUGGGGCUCGACUCCAUGACAGUGUGGCCGCCAACAUGCUUCGGUCGUUCCUCUCCCCCGUGACGAGCCCUGUAGCGCUACCUUGGCGAGGGCCAUGGGAAGUUAGGGUGGGAGUUUCGCUUCCAGCUGCCCAUCGAGCUGAACACCAGAGGCACCCCCGGCGCGUUACUAGGGGCCCGAAUUCCUCUCUGGUGCUUAUUGCGUCCGCAUCAGCAGAUCCGGAGAAUUUUGACGUGCUCGAGCGUAGCAUUGGGCGAUUCAUUGAGGAAAUCGAACGUAGUUUUGCCUUCGAGGAUUUGGACGACCUCGACAUUCCCCUCAUGCUUGUUGUCUCGGGAGGGGACGCUGGAGAUGGAGACGAGUUUGUACCUCAUAUCUGGGCAGAUGCUAGUGGACCCCGUGUUACGCUACAACAGAUUUCGGAGGCACGAAGUCUCCGCGACAGUCUGGGCCAGCACACAUUCAAAUGGACUUUUGGGGAGGCCAAGCAGGUCGAUGGAAACUCGACCACAGCUUCCCAUGGCAUGAAACCACCGGCAGGAACGAAUAGGGGGAUGGCCCAGCAGACGCAGAGAGGCUUGGGGUCGAUUGACGCAUCAACGGAUGCCGUAGCUGAUAGUUCAGGAGGAGGUGCACAAUCGGAAACGCACAACGGCUACGAUUGUUGUAUCUGCUUGAGUGCCUUCGAAACUGGCGACGCUCUCUUGACGUUGCGGUGCCUUCAUAUUUUCCACGAGCGCUGCAUAGACAGGUGGAUCAAAACGAGUCACAGUGUUAAGUGCCCAUUGUGUUCUACAAAAAUCGCUGGGUCACCCAGUAGUGAACAGUUUGAUGAAUAG